CCCAUCUUCAUAUCAGCCGACCUCGACCUAUCCAUCCUCUUCCCUUGGAGAGAGGGAGAGAAGACGAUGCCGUGUCUCAUUCAAAGCCCGCGCUUCCUCCUCUCCCACUGCCUUUCUCCUCUCCCACCGAAUGCCCGCGCGGUUUUUUGCGGGCGCCUCUCCCAUCGCUCCGCCGCCGCCGCUCUCUCGUCGGACGCCCAAACCAUCGCCAGCAAUCAGAGCUCCUCCUGUGCGCCACUGCCGCCUCCCCCUUCGUCCGAGAUCCUCUCCGUGCGCGAAUCCCUCCUCUCGCGGCGGAGGACGGCCGCGGAAAUCGCUGAGGAGUACCUCGACAGGCUUCGCCGCACGGAGCCCCAAAUCCGGAGCUUCCUCCACGUCUCGGAGACGGUGAUGCGGGAGGCGGAGGAGCUGGACCGGUUGGUGGAAAGCGGGGCGGAGUUGGGGCCUUUGGCUGGGGUUCUUAUUGGAGUGAAGGACAACAUUUGCACUGUGGACAUGCCGUCGACCGGUGGGUCAAGGAUCCUGGAGGGAUAUCGACCAGCAUUUGAUGCGACGGCCGUGAGGAAGUUGAAGGAGGCGGGGGCGAUUGUAAUUGGAAAGACGAAUUUGGAUGAGUUUGGGAUGGGGAGCACUACUGAAGGCUCAGGUUUUCAGGUCACAGCAAACCCUUGGGAUGUCUCACGAGUACCUGGAGGAUCUUCAGGGGGUUCAGCUGCUGCAGUUUCAGCUAGGCAGUGUGCAGUGUCUUUGGGAAGUGAUACUGGAGGUAGUGUGAGGCAGCCAGCAUCUUUCUGUGGUGUUGUUGGGCUGAAACCAACUUAUGGGCGUAUCUCUCGAUUUGGGCUCAUGUCAUAUGCUUCAUCUUUGGAUGUCAUUGGAUGCUUUGGUUCAUCAAUCAUUGAUGCUGCCAUCAUUCUAAAUGCUGUGGCUGGUCAUGACAGAUUUGAUGCAACGAGUAGCAUGAAUGAAGUUCCUGACUACGCAUCUUGUCUGAUCUCAAUCGAUCAAUUUGAUUCUAAACCUCUAAAGGGACUAAGGAUUGGCAUGAUUACGGAGACUAUGGGCGAUGGCGUAGACAUGGGGGUGGUAUCCUCGAUCAAAGCUGCUGCUUUACACUUGGAAGAGCUAGGGGCUGUGCUGACAGAGGUAUCAUUACCUUCAUUUUCUCUUGGUCUUCCAGCCUACUACAUUUUAGCAUCAUCUGAAGCUUCUUCAAAUUUAUCACGCUAUGAUGGUGUAAGGUAUGGGAACCAAGUUGCAGCUGAUGAAUUAAUUUCUCUAUAUGGAGAUUCUCGAGCUAUUGGGUUUGGGCCUGAGGUCAAGAUGAGAAUUUUGAUGGGGACAUAUGCCUUAUCCGCUGGCUACUAUGAGGCAUACUACAAGCGUGCCCAGCAGGUGAGGACAUUGGUUCGGAAAAGCUUCAAGGAUGCAUUGGAGACAAACGACAUUCUUAUCUCACCUGCAGCACCAUCACCUGCUUUUAGAAUAGGAGAAAAGGUCAAUGAUCCUUUGGCUAUGUAUGCAGGCGAUAUCAUGACUGUGAAUGUUAACUUGGCUGGGGUUCCUGCACUGGUUGUGCCAUGUGGUUUUGUUGAAGGUGGAAUUGCAGGCCUUCCAGUUGGUCUUCAGAUGAUUGGCACUAGCUUCAGUGAGGAGAAGCUGCUGAGAGUUGGCCACAUCUUUGAGCAGACACUGCAGAAUCAUAGAUUUGUUCCACCAUUGUUAGCAUAGUGAAAGAUUUGAUCCCAUGCAAACAUGAGAUACCAUUCGCAAGUCAUUCAAUAGAAAUUCCCGACAAAUUAUCAUAAAUUAGCCAUGAUGAUUGCAUAAAGCUGUCUUUGGUGGGAUAUGGGUUAUCCGAAGAAUCAAUGUCUUGUGCCCAUCCAACAUUAAGGUUCAGCUUGUAAAGAAGCCAAUUUGUGUGUUUGAUGGUCAAUUAAUUGACAUUGUAACCUACGAUCUAUUUAUCUCGAACAAUGCUUCUGUUUUGGCUAAAGAUUCAGCAGCCCCAGCUGGUGGUUAGGCACCCAUCAAUUUUUGGCUGAAAGUAAUUAAUUCUACUUAUUUCGUACUC